AUAAUAAUACAAAUUCGGGAAGAAAAUGAGCCUUUGGGUGCCCCACUACUCGCUCAUCCACGAUAUUAUUGUUUGGAGCAUAAAUGCUACGUUAUUUUGGGUGGACUUGGCGGAUUUGGUUUAGAGCUAGCAGAUUGGUUGACUCUUCGAGGUGCAAAAAAUCUGGUAUUAACAUCACGAACCGGGAUCAGAACAGGUUAUCAGCAAUCAAGAGUAGAGCUAUGGCGAUCUUACGGUGUGGAUGUACGGAUCGUUACAGUCAAUGAUACUUUGAAACAUGAAGAUUGUGAAUCUAUAUUAAAAUUUGCUGAGGAUAGAGCACCAGUGGACGCUAUAUUUAAUCUUGCAGUUGUAUUAAAAGAUUGUAUAUUCCAAAAUCAAUCACCGCAAACGUUCGAAGAUUCAUUCAAGUCGAAAGCAUGGAUGACGAAAAAAAUGGACGAAUUGUCGAGG